AUGGGAUAUCCUCGAUGGAAAGUAUAUGAUCAUCGUGAAAUACACAAUAAAACAAUAUUUAUUGGCCUAAAUCAUCGUUGUGAAAAUCAUCUGAUUGACGUUACAUCUACUCAAAAUAGGAUAUAUUCCGUUUGUGAUCAAAAUAAAUAUGAUUUUCAUUGUAAUAAAGAAUGUUUCAAUAUUCACAAUGUAACAAAUGAUAAUGAAAAACAUCGUUUAUGUAAUCUUCCUAAUAAUCCAUGUAAAUGUGAUUAUUCAUCAAUAACAAAAGGUCUUAUGUCAUGUACAAUAAUUGCUGCUAUUACACUUAGUAUAGCUUUACUUUUAAUUUCGUCACAUAUAUUACUUAAUCAAUAUAAAUACAAAAUUCAUUUUUAUAUAUCAGCUAUAACUAUAGUAUUAUUAGUUUUUGGAUUGAUAUUCAUUUUGAUAACACUUAUUUUACAUGGUUCGACGAUGUCAUAUGAUUUAUAUCAAUAUGUUUACGGAUUAGAUUGUAAAUUAGAUACGUUAAAAAGUCAAGAAGAAAAAGAUAAUUAUAAAAUGAAUAUUACACAAGAAAUUAAUAGACAUUAUAUUAUUCGUCAUGAUUGGGCUACUGGUUUGGAAAUCAUAGCAUUGAUACUAUCAAGUUUUACAUUACUUACACAAAUUAUUUAUAUAUUUUCAAUACAUCGAAAUCAAAUUGGUUGA